AUGGAGCUGGUAAAUAUCUUGUCUAAAAUGUAUUCGGAUUACCUUCGAAUGACGUCGAAGCGUUUGAAAAUCAUUGAUGCCUAUUUGCUCUACGUAUUCUUGACUGGCGUUAUCCAGUUUCUCUACUGUUGCUACGUGGGCAACUAUCCGUUCAACAGUUUCUUGGCCGGCUUUAUUUCGUGCGUUGCCAGUUUUGUUCUCGGAGUUUCGCUGCGAAUACAACUGAAUCCGCAAAACAAGAGCCAGUUUCCGAACAUCAGCGAAGAGCGAGCGUUUGCUGACUUCAUAUUUGCUCAUGUCAUUCUCCACCUCGUGGUUACCAACUUCAUCGGCUAG